AUGUUCACUCCGAUCAAACUGUUCCCCUGCUCGGCCUCUUCGGCUCCGUUCUCGCUCAGCUGGACGCUCUGCCCGCCGGGUUUGACUCUGAUCGCUGGGACGAUCUGGGAAGCUCCAUCCGCUGCGAACGUCUCGGAUAUCAGAGUAGAAGCAAUCAAUGAGCGUGUCAUCCAAAGCAGCUUCGUAGCCUAUGAUGAACGCUUUUUCGACAUUAUUGGAUCAAACACCACAGUCGAGCAGCUCCAAGGUCUCCCUUUUCAAAUCCACGAAGCUUCCUGCUAUAUACCCGAAACGGGCCAGCUCUUCUUCGUGGAGUGGGGCCCGCCUGGAGGCAUCAACGGCUCACACAACUGGCAGUACCUGCUCGAUGUCAGGACCAACAAUCUAAGCAGGAUUCUCACCGUGCCUCCAACGUACAAUGUGCAUGGUUGUGUGUACCAGCAAGGCAAGUUGCAUUUCGUCACCGACGGCAGUCUCAACGAGACAGGCUACCUUGCCACCAUCGACCCCUACACUUUAGAACAAACGCUCGGGCUCAACAAUUACUUCAAGAGGCCAUUCAUCAGCUUUAACGACCUUGAGAUGGAUCGGGAGGGGAAUUACUACAUGACUGACUCGUCGUCAGGCAUGUAA